CGCCCGGUGCGCGUGGGGCCGCGGCCCCGGGGCGGCCGCCGCAACCGGGGCCCGCCAUGAGCUCAGACAGCAGCAGGCUGCUGGGCAGCCCGCGGCCGGGCUACGGGACGCUGCAGCAAGACGCCGAUAAAUCCUGCAUGGAGGUCACCGGCUACCAGACCAAGCUGUGGCGGGUGGCCCUGUGCCACGCGUGCUCCGUGCUGACGGCGGGGCUCCUGCUGCUGCUCUUCCACUGGAAACCCAGCCUGGAGGUGCGGGCGAAGUGCGAGCCCUGUGCCCUGGGCCAGGCAGACUGGGUCAUCAUCAGGGUAAGCCCCCGCGGGGCUGCGGGCGCGGGGAGCCGGCAGCUGCCGAUUCCCCCCGCUCGGACCCUGCCACCAGCCGCAGGUGUGUUGCAGGACCGCUUUGGACAGUGCUUCACCACGCGUGUGCGGACGGAGGUGCUGGGUGAAGGCAGCAGCCUGGAGCAUCACCCGGGGGCCAGGCUGGAGGACCGGAGGACCAGCAUCGCCAUUGGCGUGGCGGACGAGGAGGAGAGCCGGGACACCAUCCGGCUCCAUGAGAAGGAAGAGAAGAACAUCUUGCGGUACUAUCUCUUCGAGGGCUUGCGUUACGUCUGGAUCGAAAGGUGGCAGGCGUACUGCAAAGUCAGCAUCCUGGAUGAAGGCUGGACCUGUGCGGAUCUCCACCUCUCCCAGGCUGGGCUUGACCAGCAAGACCACAGCACCAGAAGGAAGAUCUACGGACCGAACCUCAUCGAGGUGCCGGUCAAGUCCUACGCGAGGCUCUUGGUGGAGGAGGUACUCAACCCCUUCUACAUCUUCCAAGUGUUCAGCAUCGUGCUGUGGGUCUGCGAUGCCUACUACUACUACGCUGCCUGCAUCUUCCUCAUCUCCACCAUCUCCCUGGGGCUGUCCCUCUACGAGACGAGGAAGCAAAGCACCACGCUGCAGAACAUGGCCAAGAUGUCAGUCGGCGUCCGAGUCCGCCGCCCUGACGGAGAGGAGGCAGUGGUGAGCUCCGCAGACCUGGUGCCAGGCGAUUGCAUCAGCCUCCCCUCGGAUGGGAUGCUGGUCCCCUGCGACGCCACGCUGCUGACGGGCGAGUGCAUGGUCAACGAGAGCAUGCUGACGGGGGAGAGCGUGCCAGUGAUGAAAACGCCUCUCCCGGCCUGCAGCGGGGCCGCCAGCGCUGUCUACUCUCCCGAGGAACACCGGCGACACACGCUGUUCUGCGGGACGCAGGUCAUCCAAGCCAAGUCCUACGUGGGCAAGGAAGUGCUGGCCGUGGUCACCCGCACAGGGUUCUGCACGGCCAAAGGGGAUCUCAUCAGCUCCAUCCUCUACCCCAAGCCCGUCAGCUUCAAGUUCUACAAGGACUCUGUGAAGUUUGUCUUGUUCCUCGCUGUCCUGGCUUUUAUCGGCACGCUGUACAGCAUCCUCAUCUUGGUUAAAAACCAGGUUCCCGUGGGGCAAAUCAUCAUCCGUGCCCUCGACCUCAUCACCGUCAUCGUGCCGCCGGCUCUCCCAGCCGCUAUGACCGUGGGCACCAUCUACGCCCAGAACAGGCUGAAGAAACAGGGCAUCUUCUGCAUCAGCCCUCCCCGCAUCAACCUGUGCGGCAAGAUCCGCCUGGUUUGCUUCGACAAGACCGGGACGCUCACGGAGGAAGGGCUGGAUGUCUGGGGAGUGGUCCCGCUGGAGAACCACCGUUUCAUGCCUGUCGCCUACGAGCCACGCCACCUGCCCGGCGGCCCCCUGCUUUAUGCCCUGGCCACCUGCCACACCGUCUCACUGCUGCGGGCGCAGCCCAUCGGGGACCCCGUGGACCUCAAGAUGAUGGAAUCCACCGGCUGGCGCCUGGAGAUGAUGGAGGAGGAUGAAGGCGAGCUGCCCAGCUUCCAGCAGUUUGGGACGAAGGUCCUGGCCGUGAUGAAGCCUCCGCCCGAGGCAGAACAGCCGCCAGGCAGGAAGCACCAGUCACCCGUGGGGAUCCUCCGGCGCUUCCCCUUCUCCUCCUCCCUGCAGAGGACAAGCGUCCUGGCAAAGCUGCCUGGUGAGGAUGCAGCCCAAGCCUAUGUCAAGGGGGCACCGGAGAUGGUGGCCAGCCUUUGCAGGAAGGAAACAGUGCCCCCGGAUUUCUCCCAGAUGCUGCGGCUCUACACCACGGACGGUUUCCGCGUCCUGGCUCUGGCUUACAAACCCCUGAGCACGGUGACGACCUUCGAGGAGGCCCUGCAGCUGACGAGGGACUCUGCAGAGAGCAGCCUGACCUUCCUUGGGUUCCUCGUCAUGAAAAACGUCCUCAAGCCAGAGUCCGAGCCCGUGAUCCGCCUCCUGAGGAACGCCAACGUCCGCCCCGUCAUGGUGACAGGAGACAACAUGCUGACAGCCGUGAACGUCGCCAGGAGCUGCCGCAUGGUGGAGCCCAAGGAGCAGGUCAUCUUUGUGAGCGCCUGCCCGCCCAGCCACGACAAACCUGCUGCCCUGAAAUUCAUCCCCGCCGAGCUCUCGCAGGGCGAGGAGCAGCCGGAGGGUCUGUACCAGCAGGAUGGGUGCCUCCCGCAGCCCUGCCACCUGGCGCUGAACGGCAAGUCCUUCGCCGUGGUUCGCGAGCACUUCCCUGAGCUGCUGCCCAAGAUCCUCAUCCGAGCAACUGUUUUUGCCCGCAUGUCGCCCGACCAGAAGACUCAGCUGGUGUGCAGCCUGCAGGAGCUCAACUACUGCGUGGGGAUGUGCGGGGAUGGGGCCAACGACUGCGGGGCGCUGAAGGCGGCCGACGUGGGCAUCUCGCUCUCGGAGGCAGAGGCAUCCGUGGCAUCGCCGUUCACCUCCCGCCUUGCCAACAUCGAGUGUGUGCCCACGGUCAUCCGGGAGGGCAGGUGCUCGCUGGUCACCUCCUUCGGGGUGUUUAAGUACAUGGCCCUGUACAGCCUGGUGCAGUUCGUGUCCGUGCUGCUGCUCUACACGAUUAACACCAACCUGAGCGACUUCCAGUUCCUCUUCUUCGACCUGAUCAUCACCACCACCGUGGCGGUGCUGAUGGGUCGGACGGGUCCCGCCAAGGAGCUGGGAGCCGAGCGUCCCCAAGGGGCGCUGAUCAGCGUCCUCGUGCUGGGCAGCCUGCUCCUCCAGACGGCUCUGCUCAUCACUGUGCAAGUCCUCAGCUACUUCAUCACUGUCUCGCAGAGCUGGUACGUGCCACUGAACAGCACGGUGACAGCUCCCCAGAACCUGCCCAACUAUGAGAACACAGUCCUCUUCUGCGUCACGGGCUUCCAGUACCUCAUCCUGGCAGUCGCAAUGUCCAAGGGGUACCCAUUUCGGGAGCCGCUCUACACCAAUGUGCUCUUCCUGGCGGUCCUCGUCAUCCUCUUUGGCCUCAUGAUAUGGCUGACCCUGUAUCCGCUGGGCUUCCCCAAAACCCUGCUGAAGCUGCAGGGCAUCGAUGACUUGAAUUUCAAGCUGCUGCUGCUGGGAAUUGCCACACUCAACUUCUUCGCCGCCUUUGUGCUGGAGACCGCCCUGGACCACGGCUUGCUCAGCUGCUUGCGCAAGCUGCGCAGGAAGAAAGCAUCCAAAAAGCUUUUCAAGAGGCUGGAGAAGGAGCUGAGCCAGCAGCAGCCAUCUUGGCCACCCCUUAACGAACCGCUCUUCGCUACUCCCAGGCUGUCCAUCGCCAUGAGAUAGCAGGUGCCGAGCCUCCCUCCUCCCUGCUCUGCGGGCAGGUGCUGCCCGCCAGUGCUCGGCUGCCACCGUUUAUUUAUUUGGCCUGGUAGCAGGGCCAGCCACAAGCAUCUGUGCCUGGCUCCAGCGUGACCCGGAGGCAUCCGUCCCAGGCAAGGGAUGCAGCAGGCGGCCGAAGAUGGGCAGCACAGCUCGUCUUCCCCACAGGGAGACCCUCGGCAUCACAGCUGUGAAGCCACACGCUCCAGAAAGGAUGUGGCCGGUCUUGUGGCCGCGUCCAGCUGAGCCCUGGCUGAGAGGAGGCGGUGGGAGAUGCUGGAGGAGCACAGUGGGGAGUUUCGCAUGGGGAUGCUGCCUUUCUUCUCCCCCCGAGCCCCACGCCCUCCUGGCUGGUCAAAGCCACGAAGUCAGGGGUCCCUCUCCUGCUGGCGGCGGUGGCACCCACCCUGGCCUUAGGGCUCUGCUCACUGUGAAGAACCCGCUUCCUCCUCCCCCUGGGCUGCCCUGGAUGUGUAGGAACUGUUUACAAACCGCCCCAGCUUUGCGAAGGAUGCGUCUUGAGCCAGCCAUCAACCGCCGUGUCCCACUGAGAGGCUCGGAGCGUUUCACGCAGAGCCGAAGCAGGUUUUGCCCUUCGGUUCACCGGAGCAGCUGGAAGGGCAGCAUCCCCUUCCCUGAGCUGCAGGAAGUUUCGGCAUGGGAUCCAGCAAAGUCCCUCUGAGCCCUCUCCACGUGAACGCAGUGGUGAUGCUUCUGCAGAGCGCUCCCGCCGCUGUCUCUGUCAGGCAGGAGCUUUGUAGCAUUAAAAACCCUGGAUCUCUAUUUUUUAACUCCAUUCCAGUGCGUAGAGGUGUAAGUGCAGUUGGGAGAAUGGCGUACCACUUCUGGUUUUCAUACGGUGCUGUUGUGAGUGUGUCUAAUAAAUUAACACUAUUUUCUUGA